AUGGCCGAUAGCGAUGAACGGAUAGCCAAAUGCCUCGAGCGGCUCAAGUCGAAUGAUUCAGAGGUGAAGAUAGAUGCCCUCAACAAAUUGCAAGCCGAAUUCGCUGCUGGCGUCCAGGCUGAGAUUGAAGAAGUCAUCGCUGCGCUGAAAACGACGCUCCGUAUCCCAAAUCAGCACGUCUCUACCGCCUCUCUCUCCGCCAUUUCAGCUCUCUUCCCAGUCAUUGUUACCCAUCGUGAAUCCGAAGAUCAUGGACAUCCAAGCUCACACGACGCCACCGUCUUUCGGCAUGCGCUGCUUGCAUUUCUCUCUGCUGGUGGCAUCCUGGACCGUCUUGGGGACAAUCGUGAACGCGCUCGUGACUGUGCGCGCGAUGCAUUGGUUUCAGCUGGGAACACUGCGCUCAAGUUUAAUCCCAACCCGACGUCCGCAUCCGCCUCCGCCGGUCCUGGUAUGAAGCAUUCACAAGCAACAAAGGGACCGGAGCCCCCACUCGCCAUGUUUGAACGGUUCCUUAGGGAGUUGGGUUUCAGCAGCAAAGUCACGCGAGUGCGCGAGCAGUCGAUCUUGACAUUGCUCCAGCUCCUGGAUGUGCUAGAAGACAGUGACGGAGGUGUGCGGGACUGUGCACGAAACGCGGUGAUUGAAAUGUUCACGGCAUCGACCGUGACCGACAGCGCAAGAGCCGAUUUAAAGAAAGAAAUGACCAAGAAGGGAGUGCGCAAAGGCAUUGUCGAUAAUAUCCUGAAUCAACUUCUCGCCGCCCCCACACAGACGAUCGAAACAUCAGCUGAAGACCCGUCUCACCCGCCAGCACUUUCUACUACAGGCUCUCAUCCUGGACUACCAACACAAAAGUCGUCUGCAACCUUGGCAUCUUCUGUCGCAGGAACUUCGCGAACCCAAAGCUUUGCCAGUACGGCAGAGGUACAAGAUGGUAAGACUGAGGAGGUGGUGACCGUCUACGUUGCUUCCGUACGCGACCUGGAGCACGAAUUUGCGACUAUGCAACCUCCGUUCGAGGGGAAGGAAACGGAGCAUAAUUGGCAACUCCGUGAACGCGCCAUUCAACGGGUACGAGGAAUGCUCAAAGGAGAUGUUCACAUUCGAUAUCUCGAGGCAUUCAUGGAGUGUUUGAAGUCUGGGUUCAUGACAAACUCUUUAAAGACUUUGGCCUCGCUGCGAACUACGGUAUCAACAAAUACCUGCGCGUUAUACGCUGAACUGGUCCUUGCUCUGCGGCAUGCCUUUGAGCCAUUUGUCGAGCUCACGUUGACGGCUCUCUUCAAGAUGAGCUCUCUCACCAAGAAGAUUGUCGCGAAUCAAAGUCAAGCUACGGUUAGAGAAAUUCUCCUCCAUGGCCAUUGUCAUCCAAGGAUCGUCAUGCCUCUCUUGUGGAAUGGCAUCCAGGACAAGAAUGUCAGCGCUCGACAAUAUACGGUGGGACACAUCCGUACUGUCCUGGAGAAUACCGCCGUAAGAGGAAAAUCCGUCAUCGAGUCGAGCGGAGGACUUGAGCUGCUGGAAAAGUCGAUCAAAAAGGCACUGGGAGACGCCAACGCGGGCAUCCGUGAUAGCGCACGGAGCCUUUUCUGGAUCUUUGACGGCAUUUGGAAGGACAGAGCAGACGCCAUAGCCAACACUCUCGACCCAACAGCACGAAAACAACUUGACAAGGUAGCCCCAACGGGUCAGGCAUCACAGAAUGGAACCGUGCCCAUCGCAGAAGCGAAAAAGUCGAGUGUGGCCGCAGCCAUUGCUGCCAGCCGAGCCAAGGCCAAACAAAUCGCGGCUGCACCUCCCACACUACGACAUGCUGCUACUUCUCAUGCAUCCAGCAUGGCAUCUCAUGCACGACGUCCUGCAUCCCCUGGCUCGCCAUCUGGUCGAACGCCUGUUGCAAGUGGGACAACCGCAAAGAGAGCAUCUGGUGCCUUCUCGAGAUCAUCCACUGCUCCCGCAUUGACCACUGGUCCAAUCGCAAAGUCACCAUCACAAUCUGCGUCCAUCUCGACCGCUUCUGCCUCCCCUCCUCCAUCCCCGACGCAGUACGCUUCACAGAAAUUAAACAACAGUGUCCGAAUUGCAUCUGCCGUCCCCCUUCCUUCGUCUCCUCCCAAUACAUACCGGUCCCCUCCCAAAGGCACGGUCCCUCUGAAGUCUUCGCUCAGUGCUCGUUCAAUGUCUCCGCCGUCUACAUCCACCAAUAGAGUCAAGCGAGCAUCUGGAGUCUUUGCUUCUCCCAAGGGAACAACGCUUACACACAUGCCCGCCACGAAUGAUACCCUCACACUAUCACCUCAUCCGUCCGAUGAUGAGUCCCUAAUGCGCGUUCGAGCGCCCAAUAGUGAUGCAGGCUCUAGCGAGUCGCUCCCUAUGGCAUCUUUCUCCGACGCAGUUACAUCUACUCCUCCUGGUCGCACCCUCGAAGCAGCCUCGUUGACACGGAGCACCAACCCGCUCAAAGUACCCGGCCCAGUCAUCGAGGAUGCACUGCGCGCACGAGCGGAACAGGCAGAGAGUGCAGCCGAGAGACUCUUAGAGGAGCUCGUGGAACCGGAUGAUACAGUACAGAAUCUACAUAUUCCUCCGUCGCUUAUGCCAUCUGCCAGUACUGCUAAACCACCUCUCAAGGCGAGUACGAGUACCAAAUCGGCGAAUGGAAACACGACGAAGAAGUCGCCUCCACCUGCAACACCCGCUAACAAGCGCUCGGUGCUCUUACGUCAAGCUGCAGUGUACCAGGAUAGCCCGCCAUACAAGCGUGGCUCAAGCUCAAUUGUCGACAGGCUAAAGGAUCGACGGAAUGAAUCCAGUUGGUGGCUAAAGCGUGUUUCUUUGCUGCAAGAGACCGAUUUCCAGUCUGGCUCUGACCCGUCUACCCAAUUGGCAGCUUGUAUCGAUUCCUGGAAAAUGGCACUGCCGGAGAAGAACCCUGCAAUGGAGACUGAAGGAGACGAGGGGUUGGCAGACGAUAUAUGGAAGGGUGGUCUAGUGUUCAACAAGCUCUCGUCGGCAUUGUUUCAGUACCUCACAUGCGACAAGCCCGAAGAUAUUCUCGAAAGAGGCCUUAUUGUGAUCUGGGAAAUGGUGGAGCACCAGCAAUCAUAUCUCGAGGGACGAGAAUCUGAACUUUUGGCUCUCUUGUUCCACCUUCGUUACUGCAAUCUUCAAACGAUUUCCGAAGCAUCCAACACAAUUCGAGAUGCCCUUACAGACCGCAUUGAUCCGAUCUACGGUCUCAGCACAAUGCACACAAGCUUAAAGCGUUUCCUUGCGGAGCCCAUUCCAACCGACGGUAACGCGGAGACGCGGGCUUUAUCUCAUGCAUUUGGAUUGCUGGCGAUUGGAAAGUUUAUUCUGCGGUUGCCGACCGAGAUUCUUGAAGAGGAGCUUCCCAGACUGCAACUCACUCUGUCACAGAGCCUUAACGACACACAGCUACUUGUCAGAGAAUCGGCAGCUGCCGCUAUCAUCGCCGCCCAGCUUGUCCUCCGAGACGAGACGUACCUGUUCACCAUGCUGGCGAGCCUUUCGGAUGAGAAGAAGAACCUCCUCACCUAUUUGUUUGACAAACAUGGUGCACGAGGGACGGUUGAAGGCGUCAGCAAGGACAGUGGCUCGCAGGGCGGACUCGACCGCCUGGAGAAGGAGAUGAAGCGGCUAGACUCGAAGACGAGCACUCCCAUCCGUAAACUAUAA